AUGUCAACUAUUCCAGAGCAAUUUCCUGAUGAUCAUCCAAACAUCCGGCACAUUUACAAUUGCCAUAAUGAUUUCAGGAUGGAGAUGUUCGAAGGAAGAGGAGUUGUUCAACAAUUUCUUCAUUUGCCGAGAGAGAGUAAGUACAUUUACUGGGUCAUGACCGACGAUCUCGACGUCUUGCAACAUGCAUUUAUGGUGCACCUGAUCACGGUCAACAUACUCCGCACAUACCCACAUGUCAUAUGUAUGGAUUCUACUUACAAGACCAAUCGAUAUGGGAUGUCGUUCUUUGAGAUAGUAGGUGUGACACCGACAAACCAGAAUUUUCUAGUUGGUUAUGUUUUCAUGCGUGGCGAGUGCACGGAUAGCUAUCGGUGGGUGUUGCAGAGAUUAAGGGAGUUGAUUGGGUUUGAUAAAGAGCCAUCUGUAUUUUUGUCAGACCGUGAACUUGGGCUAUGUGCGGCUUUGAGAGAAGUGCUUCCAAGGACGUCACAUUUACUCUAUCGAUGGCACAUCAAUAAAAAUAUGUGGAGGCUAAGGUGA